AUGGCCGCCAAGCGCUCUCUCCCGCUGUUGUCUCUCCCAUCUCCGCUACGGACCUCGACAUGCAUCCAAUGUCAGCGCCAACAGGUUCGCGCUCUUCACAAGCUCAACGCGCCAGCAAUCCGUAUGCCUCUCUCACUAUACCAUCCUACUUGCACCAUUGACAUCUCUUUCCAGGCAUUCCUAAACCCACACCAUUCGUUCCAGACCCCACCGCUUUCCUCACCCUCAUCGGCCGCAACAUGUCCGCACACGCCGCCAAAAUUCCCUCCUGGGAAGCCCUCUUCAGCCUCUCCGGCCAACAACUCAAAGCAUCCGGCAUCGAGCCCGCGCGGGCACGACGAUAUCUCAUGUGGUGGCGCGAACGCUUUCGAAACGGGAUAAUGGGCAUUGGCGGAGACCUCAAGGAAGUCAAAGAUGGAAUCGCAGAAUUACGGAUAGCUGAAAUACCAAACGAGAAACUUCACGCUACGAUUUCCCAAGACGAGGGGAUGAAGAAAGUGGUGGUAAACGUUCCACCGACAGUGGUCUUACCAGAGGAUCCAGCCAACCCGAGGCCGAAAGAGCGGAAGAAGAAUGUCCUGGAAGCACUUGCGCCUCCAAUGAGGAUGAGUCCGAAGCAGGCGCACGUUGUGAAAGGCAUGAAGAUCGUGCAAGGCAGCACUAUUGGCGGCACGGGUGUGGAGUACGUAAAGGGACAUCAGGGUGUGGCAAAGCUGCGGGUCCAGGAAGGGCUUUGGGAACAGAAGAGAGGACGCAAGAUCGAUGGUGGUGAGAGAAGGCGAGCUAUGGUGAGGUUCAAGAGGAGAGCUACUGAGAGGAAGAACUCGCGAUAG